AUGUUAUCACAGCUGAAGCUCGAGCGUGCCUGGGUGCUGGUCUUAGGACUGGUCGCCCGAGGCUCACUGGCCAGUGGGCCUUGUGAUAUCUACUCCUCCGGGGGUACGCCCUGUAUCGCUGCACACAGCACCACCCGUGCCCUAUACAGCUCCUUCACAGGACCACUCUACCAAGUGUCGCGUGGCUCUGAUGGUGUCACGGCUGAUAUAGCACCUCUCACCGCCGGUGGUGUGGCGAAUGCAGCCGCACAAGACUCCUUCUGCUCUGGCACAACCUGUCUCAUCACGAUCAUUUAUGACCAGUCCGGCCGGGGCAAUCAUCUUACCCAGGCCCCACCUGGCGGCUUUAGUGGCCCGGAGUCCAAUGGCUAUGACAAUCUGGCGAGUGCAGUUGGUGCACCAGUCACGUUGAAUGGACAGAAAGCCUAUGGUGUCUUCUUCUCGCCCGGCACCGGCUACCGCAAUAACGUUGUCAGUGGCUCAGCUACAGCCGACGCUGCGGAGGGCAUGUACGCAGUCCUGGAUGGAACCCACUAUAAUGGAGGCUGCUGCUUUGACUACGGCAACGCCGAAACCAGUAGUACAGAUACUGGCAACGGCCACAUGGAGGCCAUCUACUAUGGUGACAGUACCGCGUGGGGCUCUGGUGCUGGUAGCGGUCCUUGGAUCAUGGCUGAUCUGGAGAACGGCCUGUUCUCUGGUAUCAACUCUGGCAACAACGCCGGAGAUCCAUCGCUCUCUUACCGGUUUGUCAAUGCCUUCCUCAAAGGCGGAGCGAACAAGUGGGCAAUCAAGGGUGGCAACGCGGCGUCUGGCGCGCUGUCCACCUACUACAGUGGCGUGCGCCCAACUGCAUCUGGCUACAACCCGAUGAGCAAAGAGGGUGCUAUCAUUCUCGGCAUUGGUGGUGACAACAGUGUCAGUGCCCAGGGUACCUUUUAUGAAGGAGUGAUGACCUCUGGAUAUCCGACCGACGCCACCGAGAACUCAGUGGCAGCCAACGUCGUAGCGGCCAAAUAUGCCGUCGGCUCCCUGACCAGUGGAACAGCACUGACAGUCGGAUCGUCCAUCUCGCUUCAGGUAACAACCUCUGGCUACACAACCCGCUAUAUCGCACACACCGGCACGACGGUCAACACACAGGUUGUUUCGUCCUCCAGCACCACCGCUCUCAAACAACAAGCCAGCUGGACCGUUCGCACUGGCCUUGGAAAUAGCGCUUGCUUCUCGUUCGAGUCAGUUGACACUCCCGGGAGCUUCAUUCGCCAUUCGGACUUUGUCUUCUACCUCAAUGCCAAUGAUGGCACAAAGCAGUUCUAUGAGGACGCUACUUUCUGCCCUCAGUCUGGUCUCAGUGGCCAGGGAAGCUCGAUCCGAAGCUGGAACUAUCCCACCCGCUAUUUCCGUCACUACACCAAUGUUCUCUAUGCUGCAAGCAAUGGUGGUGUUCAUACAUUUGACUCUGCCACAUCAUUCAAUGCCGACGUGAGCUUCUUGGUUAGCAGUGGUUUUGCUUGA